ACCGCCGAGGGGGCGUGGCCUAACCUCUGCUCAAUCAUAAAAAGUCACAGCUAAACUUUGCUCGUCCCCACUCACACCCGGAGUCGCAAGACAGACUGAGGCUUCUCACAAACGAGGACUAGAAUUACCACGGCAACAUGGUGAAAGUUGGAAUCAAUGGAUUUGGCCGCAUCGGUCGUCUGGUGACUCGUGCCGCCUUCCACUCCAAGAAGGUGGAGAUCGUGGCCAUCAACGACCCCUUCAUCGACCUGGAGUACAUGGUCUACAUGUUCAAAUACGACUCCACCCACGGUCCCUACAAGGGUGAGGUCAAGGCAGAGGGAGGCAAGCUGGUCAUCGAUGGUCAUCAGAUCAGUGUCUUCCACGAGAGGGACCCGGUCAACAUCAAGUGGGGCGAUGCCGGUGCCCAGUACGUGGUGGAGUCCACUGGUGUCUUCACCACCAUCGAGAAGGCAUCUUCUCACCUGAAGGGCGGCGCCAAGAGAGUCAUCAUCUCUGCCCCCAGCGCUGACGCUCCCAUGUUUGUCAUGGGGGUCAACCAUGAGAAAUAUGACAAAUCUCUUCAGGUGGUCAGCAACGCCUCCUGCACCACCAACUGCCUGGCUCCUCUGGCCAAGGUCAUCAACGACAACUUUGGAAUCAUUGAGGGUCUGAUGAGCACCGUCCACGCCAUCACUGCCACCCAGAAGACCGUGGACGGACCUUCUGGAAAACUGUGGAGGGACGGCCGCGGUGCCAGCCAGAACAUCAUCCCUGCCUCCACUGGUGCUGCCAAGGCUGUUGGCAAGGUCAUCCCUGAGCUCAACGGAAAACUGACCGGCAUGGCCUUCCGUGUCCCCACCCCCAACGUGUCAGUGGUCGACCUCACUGUCCGUUUGGAGAAACCCGCCAAAUAUGACGACAUCAAGAAGGUUGUGAAGGCUGCAGCUGAAGGACCCUUGAAGGGCAUUCUGGGAUACACUGACCACCAGGUGGUCUCCACAGACUUCAACGGUGACUGCCGCUCCUCCAUCUUUGAUGCUGGUGCCGGCAUCGCCCUCAAUGACCACUUUGUCAAACUGGUCACAUGGUACGACAACGAGGUCGGCUACAGCAACCGUGUCUGCGACCUCAUGGCCCACAUGGCCUCCAAGGAGUAAAGACCGCGGCCCGCCACGCUCCCGUCCAUGCUGCCACACUGGCGUUCUCGGAGUUAUAACUGUGAUACAAUAGGACUUUGUAUUAUUUAUAACUUUGUCUGUGGGAAGGUCAUACAGAUGACAACAAAAAAAUCAAAUUUGGUGACCAAGUUUUUUUUUUAUCUGUCCUGUUCUUGUGAGAGGAAGUGAAGGUGUGAGUGAGUCUGUAGCACUGAUCUACUGCAGUCAGCGGUGGAAUAAAGUCCUCUGUUUGUGAGAGUCA